AUGCAAGUUGGUAAUUUGGAUGUAUCAUGCGAUGCUCAAAUUAGGCGAAGUUACAGUCUUCCUCAGCUUCAUGCUGCUGUAUCCGGUAGAGAGCACAGGCCUGAAGUAAACUGCCAGAAUCAGCCCUCAAAAUAUAGGUUGCGAGCAAAUUCAAAACAGGGAUAUGGUGGACGUUAUAGCUUGAAUAAAACAAAAUUUGGUGGAAGGUUUCAUAAUGAAAACAUUCAAGACCGUGUAAGAAAACGAAAUCCAUCAGUUCGUGGACAAGGGGAACGAUUCUCACGCCAUGAAAAUUAUACUGUGUAUGAUGAAGUUUACCGAUGCCUAUUACCUGAACCGAGUCAACCCUUGGCUGAUACUGUAGUGCAGCCAUCAGCAUCCAUAUCAACUGCUAUGAUGCGUUGUGAAUUAGGUAGAUCGGCUAUUGACCGGGAUCAGUAUCACAGCAGUUUAUAUCGCUUACUUCGUGUCAGUGUUAUGGCCAAAUUAAAUCGAUUGUGUGAGAAGACAGCACUUGGAAGUGUACGAAAAUCGUCGCAGCAAGUACUUCUGAUCAACCGCAGAAACGAACGUUUCAAAUGGAGUGAUGUGCUGUGGUUACAACUGCAAGCGGUAGUUGCUGGCAGGUUAAAGCAGAUGAAAUCACCAAAUGAUCAGAUUAAAUCAACUCGUGAACAUGAUAAGUAUCUUAUAGCUGAGCGUGAAAAACAAAAGGUGAUCUUGGAAGAGAUUCGAGAUUUUCGUUUAAAUGAUAUAAAUGAGAUAACGUGUUCGUCACCCAUGUCACCAUCCACAGAGAUGUCAAAUCAGAGAUCACUGAAAGCGGAACUGAAAGCAGCGAAGGAUAUGUUGGAACGUUAUCAAGAUUUCGUGGCAUUGUAUCCUAAUAUGAAUAGUAUGGAGCGAUCAACAAAUAUAGGUGAAUUGGUCAAAACUCGAAUUCAGAUUCUUUAUGCUUGGUAUAAUAUUACGAUUGAUUUGUAUGCCAGGAUAAGAGAGGUCGGUGUGAUUCUGGGCAUGUACAAAGAUUGUAAUUCUACUCGACGCAUUUCACUUUCUCCGAAUGUUGCAUCAAAGGGUGGCGUUACCGAUAAUCACUCGGUUCCAUGUCUUUCAUGGCCAUCAUUGGACAGUCCUAUGGACACGAAGGAAUUUCCCGCAUCAUCGCGAAAUUUAGAAGGAACAAGUCAAGCUUCAAGUUCACAAAGUGUAUUGUUAACAUCUCAAUCAAAUACGAUUAUGUCGGCAGAUUUACCUGCAUUGCUGGAACAACCAUACAACAUAUAUACUGCUUUCGUUUCACGUAGUUUACGACGUAAAGGUAUGCGAAAGGUAUUGCAACGUUUAGAUAGCGUUUGUUUUAUAACAGUAAGAAAAGCUAUUGCAAUGUUGGAAAAAUCGCCAUUAACUUAUGCAGAAGUGGUGGAAAGUGGGAACAAGCAACGGUCGGUGGAUUAUACUAUGGCACCAAUUGCUCAAUGUUACGCCAAUGAUUGCAUGAAAUUUGACGAAGUAAGUUUUUACAUUGUCAAUGAAUAA